AUGGAGUGGAAUGAUUUGGAGAUGGUAAUGGAGGAAAUGAGUUUCCCUGCUCAAUUCACUAGGUGGAUCAUGAUAGUAGUCAAGUAUGUGUCUUAUAGAUAUUUGAUCAAUGGACAAAUGAAUAGUAUUUUGGAAGCCAAGAGGGGCCUGAGACAAGGAGACCUUGUCUCACCCCUCCUCUUUGUCCUUAUAAUGGAAUAUUUCCAUAGGUGUUUGACAAAAUUGCAGAAGGACCUUGAUUACAAUUAUCAUCCAAAAUGUGCCAAGCUUAGAAUAACCAAUGUUUGUUUUGCAGAUGAUCUACUCUUAUUCUUUAGGGGAGAUGUGAAAAAAAUACAACUUUUGAUGGCAGUCUUCAAACAAUUCUUUGAGGCUACAGAAUUGACAAUAAAUCCUGCUAAAUGCAUAAUUUAUUUUAGAGGAACACAAGAUCAAGAGCAACAUGAUAUUAUGGAGGAAAUACAUUUCACCAAGGGACGACUACCAUUCAAGUACCUUGGUGUGCCUCUAUCGAGCGGAAAGCUAACCAUUAGCCAAUGCCAACCUGUUAUUGACAAGAUGGUAAGAAAGAUACAACACUGGUCCACAAAGCUUAUCUCUUAUGCAGGAAGACAACAGUUGGUGAAGAGUGUUCUCAUGAACAUUUCAGGGUACUGGAUGCAGGUCUUCCCAAUGCCAAAAACUGUCAUCAAGCGCAUUAACACCAUUUGUCAUAAUUUUCCAUGGUCUAGAAAAACCACAGGGAAGAAAGCUCAUGUGGCAUGGGAAGAUGUAUGUCAACCAAAGAAUGUAGGUGGCCUUAAUUUGAAGUAUCUUGAGGAUUGGAACAAAGUGACCAUGCUAAAAAUUCUGUGGAACCUUCACAUGAAAACUGAUAAGCUAUAG